AGAAGUUGCUUGCUGUCUACGCAUCUAUUCUAUUUAAAUUCAUUACUUGUCUUCAUUUUCCUCUUUCUAAACCGCUGUUUGCUGUUCUUCCCCUAGCUUUUACCUGUUUCCUGAAGAAGAAACCAUAUUAAAGCCUCAAUUCAUCAUCUUCUUCAACUAUUUGUUUUCGAAAUUAGCUAUGGCAGAAGGAACGAUGGUGGCGAACGAAGGAGAUGAAGCGUUGAUCGGUUUACCUCCGGGAUUCAGAUUCCAUCCGACGGAUGAGGAGAUAAUAACUCAUUAUCUUACACCAAAAGUCGUCAACAGAAACUUCUCCGCUAGCGCCAUCGGAGAAGUUGAUCUGAACAAGUGUGAACCCUGGGAUUUACCUCGGAGAGCAAAGAUGGGGGAGAAGGAAUGGUUCUUCUUUUGUCAAAGAGACAGAAAGUAUCCGACGGGGAUGAGAACAAACCGAGCAACAGAUUCCGGCUACUGGAAGGCCACCGGAAAAGAUAAAGAGAUACAUAAUAAAAAAGGAAAAUCCACCGGAAAGUUGGUGGGGAUGAAGAAAACACUUGUUUUUUACAAAGGAAGAGCUCCAAAAGGGGAGAAAACCAAUUGGGUCAUGCAUGAAUUUAGACUCGAAGGCGACUUCUCUUAUUACAACAUGUCUAGAGCAUCCAAGGAUGAAUGGGUAGUAUGUCGUAUUGUUCAAAAGAGUACAGAAAUUAGAAGGAAUAAUCCAAAUAAUGAUAAUCAUGGGAUUAAUUCUUUUGUGGAUGAGUUAUUGGAUAUGCCACCAUUGAUGGAUACUCCGGCUCCAUAUUUGAACCCGGGUUCAAGUUACAAUCACUCGGAUACAAAUAACAUCACCAACAACCACAAAGAAAAUGCAAAUGCUCAAAAAUUCAAGGGUUUGGUUGAUAAUGAUAACUACCCAUCCUAUUUCUCUCAUGUCCAACCUCAAUUACUUCAAAAAGAUCAAGAUUACAAAAACUUCAUUGUUUCCCCUUAUAAUUACAACUUUGACACCAACUCCUACCAAAUAAAUCCAUUCAUUAGUGAUCACCAAAGUAACUUUACAUGUGCUAAUAGUUUUAGUACAAAUUUCCCUUAUUUAUCAUCUGGGUCGACCCGUUACAUGGGUCGGUCUAGUGGGCUAGAAGGGGAGGAGGAGCCAGGUGUCAGACAGUGCAAAGUGGAGCCAUAUGUUACGACUAACACCAACCAAUCAAGUAAAAUUAGUGUGACAUCACAGGAUACUGGGAUUAGCAAUGAAAUAACUACAGAAAUAUCUUCUUCAUCCAUGCAUGAUACCAUGGGCCCGUAUGAUCAUCCAGAUGAUCAGCCAGCCCCAUCUGCGCUUUCGGAGUUGGACUCUUUGUUGGACUAUUAAUCAGCAAAGAUCAUGGCUCGAUUUAAUUGCUCAUUUAACAUUGAUUGUUGAUCAAAAUCUUUAAUGGUUGUUAGGAUCUUGUAAUUAGUUUAUCUCCUAGGGUAGAUUAGUUAGUGAGUGACUUGUAUUUUCGUGGUUUUAUUUUUAGGUUAGGGAAUUAAUUUGAUGAUGUGACUAAACUUCAUGUAAAUUCAUUUGAAUUGUGUACAUAUGUUAUUUAAAUCGAUUUAAAUGUAUGGUUAUCAACUAGUCUACUCA